CCCCAGCACUGCGGAGCAUGGACAGGGCUGCAGCAGCCGUGUGGGCCAGCACCUUCGCCCAGCUGAUGGCCGCGAGGAAGCCCCGUGAUGUCUGGGUCUUGCUGCCCCAGGACAGCCUGGCCAUGGGGCAUCAGGAAGGCGGCCUCCAAUACCGACUGGAGGGGCUCUCGAGGCUCCAGUGCAGCACCUGCCCCUGGGUAUGGGCUUCGGCCCAUGUGCUCGUGCUCUUCCACCUGUGGUGGGACAGGGACCGCCGCAGGGGGCUGGUGACGAUGCGCGCCUGGAUCCAGCACUGUGCGCAGUGCUUCCCACCGGGUGGAGACUGCCAGAUGAGCCCCGUGGCUGUGCGUGACUGCCUAAGAGAGCUGGUCCUGUAUAUCCUGCGCCAGUGUUACGGGGACAACCCCAGCCCCCUCUGGCGUCUCAGGAAUGGCUCUAGGGACCGCUGUCAGGCCUGCUACCUGGGCCUCUGCUUCUUCCAGAGGGCCCCAGACCCCCCCUUGGGAUACAUGAUAGGGAGCUCCAGUGCUGAGAUAGGCACCUGCCCGGGGGACUCACAGUCACCCACCCCCUAUGGCGGCCCUGAGGCCCAGGUCGCUGGGGGUCAUGGCCUCAGCUCUGGAGCCAGCCUCCUUGCUGCAUCCCCUGCUGUGGAGAUUCCCGUCUCAGAGGGCAGGGUCUUCCUGGUCACUAUGGUUACCAUUCGCUUCUCUCCUGUGAAUAUGAGCCAGGAAUGGGCACUCAGGGUGGGCAGCCAUACCACCCCUGCUGGAGGCUCCCUCCUUACCGGCAACCGUAGAGUGCAGGUCAUUGGCAAGGGCUCCCUCCACCUGUCUGAGAAUUCUGUGACUGGGCCUAGGGGCCGCAUUAUACUGGUCAACAUUGGAGUCCCCUGCUUCCAUGGCCAGGGCCCCCUUAGCAGCACAGAGGCCUUUGAGUUCCAAGGCCUCCUGUUCAGGGGCUGGGGUCAGGGUCCCUUAUCCUUUAGUGAUGGCCUGGGCAUCACUGGAACCCGUCUGCCACCUGUGUCCUACAGCGUUGGCAUCACAGCCAGCGGGGAGGGCAUCCUCACCUUGCCCCUCUUCCUUGCCAACCUCCUUAGAGGUCAGGACUCCCUCGCCAGCAUCACUGAGGGCAGAGAGGGGGGCGGAGGUGGCCAGGGCUCCGACCCCGCUGGCAUCAAUGACCUUUCAGCGGCCAAUGCUGAUGGCCCCACUGCCAGCCAGAAGGGCUCUGUCACCUUCCCCUUCAUCUUGGUUAAUGACAAGUGUGCCUGUGCUGACAUCACUGAAGGCAGAGGGAAGGAUGGUGGUAGCGAGGGCCUCGUCACCGCUGGCAACGACCCUCUUCCUGAGCCUGAUGCUGGUGGUCUUGUCUCCGAGGACAAGGGCUCUGUCGCCCCCUCCUCCCUUCCUGGUGACCUCAAAGAUGCUUUUAAGGAUGUCACUGAAGGCAAUGGGAAGGAGGGUGUUGGCCAGGGCCUUGUCACUGUCCCUCAGGCAGCCCCUCUGGGGGCCGAUGUUGAGGGCUCUGUCUCCAUCACUGGGGGCUCCAUCACCAUUCCUGUUUCAGUCUUCGACGUCAUAAGACGCACGGGCCCCCGCGACGUGGCUCCUGGCUCUCGAGGCAACAGCUCUGCCACCUACGGCUACUCUAGGAGAUGGCUGAGGUCCAGGCCCGGCAGGUCCAGCAGCAGGUGCCGCCGUGAGCAUGACGCACGCCCUGGCCGUGCCCGCCGCAGGCCCCCCGCUGAUAUCUCGGAGGACUUCUUGGUCUGUAUCUGUGUGAUGUGCCUCUUCUGGGUUCUCUGCCUGGGUGGGAUGAACCCUGGCCUUCUCCCGCGGAUGAUGUGAUGCUGCUGUGUACCCACUAGCCCCAGCCUCAGCCCCCUCGGUCCUCACCAUGGCGGUGUUGGCUGCUUCCCAAGCUGUACCCGUGUGCUCAGGUGUGCUUUGUGUGUGUAACGCCAAUAAAACAAGUCAGCCCUGAA